AUGCCGUUUGCGAGAGGUCUACUUUUCGUCUUGCUUGCGGGUCUGUUUUCAAGCGGCCAUGCAGACCUGGUUACUCUUGUUCAGGAACCUGUUCGCCCGGAGUCCCCCAUGCUGAAGCCAAAAGUACUGAUCACCAUCCUGGCCCGUAACGCAGCGCACAGCCUACCGUAUUACCUGGGUUGCAUAGACCGACUGGACUACCCGAAGGAUCGGAUUGCUAUCUGGGCAGCAGCAGACCACACCACUGAUAACAGCACGGCCAUGCUGCACGAGUGGCUGAGGCGAGUGCAGGGUCAGUACCACCAUGUGGAGUGGAGGCCCAUGGAGGAGCCACCCACUUAUGCGGAUGAAAGGGGGCCGAAGCACUGGUCGAACUUGCGCUUCACCAACGUGAUGAAGCUGAGGCAGAGAGCACUGAGAGCAGGCCGGGAGCACUGGGCCGACUACAUCCUGUUUGUGGACAGUGACAACCUCCUGACGAACCCCCACGUCCUGACACUGAUGAUGGCCGAGAACCUGACUCUGGUGGCCCCCAUGCUGGAGUCUCGUUCCCUCUACUCAAACUUCUGGUGCGGAAUGACCCCUCAGGGGUAUUACAAACGCACUCCAGACUACAUACCCAUCCGGCAGUGGAAACGCUUAGGCUGUUUCCCAGUUCCCAUGGUGCACUCCACCUUCCUGUUGGACCUGCGUCGCCACGCGAGCCACUCCCUGGCCUUCUACCCGCCCCAUCCCGACUACAGCUGGACCUUUGACGACAUCAUGAUCUUCGCCUUCUCUGCACGUCAGGCAGAUGUACAGAUGUAUGUCUGCAACAGAGAGCAUUAUGGGUAUCUUCCAGUGCCCCUGAAGGCUCAUCAGAGUGUGGUGGAGGAAGUGGAGAGCUGUGCCCACACCAUCACAGAGGCUAUGAGUAAGUACUCCCCUUUGGAGCCCUCACAGUACCUGCACACUCCUCCAAAACCUCAGGACAAAAUGGACUUUGACCAGAUCUUCCUGAUUAAUCUGAAGCGCAGGACGGACCGCAGACAGCGAAUGCUACGCACCCUGGAGGUCCUGGGCAUCGAGGCAACACUGAUCGAGGCCGUGGACGGCAAGGCUCUGAACACGUCUCAGCUGCAGGCGCUCGGCAUAGAGAUGUUGCCUGGAUACCAGGACCCGUACUCUGGCCGGGUAUUGACCCGCGGGGAGAUUGGCUGCUUCCUCAGCCAUUCCUACAUCUGGACAGAGGUGGUGGAUCGGGGGCUGCAGAGGGUCCUGGUUCUGGAGGAUGACGUGCGGUUCGAACCCAGGUUCAAGAGCAGGCUGAUGGCCAUCAUGGAGAACGUGGAGCAGGCCCAGCUGGGCUGGGACCUCAUCUACGUGGGUCGUAAGAGACUGCAGGUGCAGCAGCCGGAGCAGGCGGUGGAGGCCGUGAGUAAUCUGGUGGUGCCAGACUACUCCUACUGGACCCUGGGAUACAUGCUGUCCCUACUGGGGGCCAGGAAACUCCUGGAGGCCCAGCCCUUUGACAAAAUGCUGCCUGUGGACGAGUUUCUGCCUGUGAUGUUUAACAAGCACCCCAAUGAGGAGUACAUGGCACACUUUGAGCCACGGGACCUGCAGGCUUUUUCGGUCGAGCCCCUGCUCCUGUUCCCCACGCACUACACGGGCGAGCCGGGCUACGUCAGCGACACGGAGACCUCCACCAUCUGGGACAACGAGAACGUGAUUACGGACUGGGACCGGGAGCGCGCUCACAAGACCGAGAAACAGGGACAGAUCCGCCCCACGGCCCAGAACAGUGUCACUGGGGACACGCCUCCUCCUGCCACACGCGUCACCCGAGAUGAACUCUGACCCUACAAAUGGAGAGACGCUAACA